AUGAGACAUAUCCUGCCUUCGAGGCCUCUCAUACCCUUCCGCGCAUACCAUUCUCGCACCAUGUCUGCGGAUACUAAACCAAAGCGACCGCCCUUGACCCAUUUUCUAUGCCUCCCGCUUGUCAACGACGUUUCUCUCCCGCAGCUCGAGUGCUCAUUAGCUGCCUUUAAAGCUUCAAUCCCACAAGCUCCUGCAAGAUCGGACCUAACAGAACAGCAGCGCCGCUAUCAACAGCCACGUCCGCUUAUCCCAGACGAUGCUAUUCGUCCUGUUGGUACUCUCCAUCUUACACUGGGAGUAAUGAGCCUCCCGACGCCGGAGCGACUCAACGAGGCGCUCGAAUUCUUCCAAUCUCUAGAUCUACCUAGCCUAUUGCGCGCGGCGGGAGAGAUUGCUGCGCAAAAGAAGUUACCGGAGGCGACCACCACGAACGGAACGCCCAUAGACAGCGCGACUAAUACUGCUGAAGUUCUCAUAAAAUCGUCAAUUGAUGAACACUCCCAGUGCGGGUCAACUUCGCCCGAACCGUUUGUCAUCUCGUUAGAAUCUCUACAUGCGCUUCCCCGCGCACGCUCCGCAACAAUCCUACACGCCGCCCCCGUGGACCCCACCUCCAGACUCUAUCCGUUCUGUGAAGCGCUCAGGGAGAAAUUCCAGGAAGCUGGCUUCAUGCAGAAGGAGUACCAAAGGGGAAGCGCAACGAAGCCUCGCUCGCUUCUCUUGCAUGCGACAAUCGCGAACACAAUAUACAUUCGUGGGAGAAAGCGCAACACAGGCGGUCACGGAAAGGGCCGGCGGCCAAGCCAGUAUACUUUUGACGCGAGGGAUAUUGUAUUCCACUAUAGGAAUUUUUAUCUAGAUAGCGACAGGACGGUCGCGCGGUCCAGUGCUGUCACUACUAGUGGUGAUAACUAUACGGACAGGGACGGUGCCGAAAGCCACUCGGAAGAUGAGGGUGCGUCUGCUCCACCAACGUCGGACGACACCUACCCAAGCUACCCGUUCAUCUGGGCGAGGAACCUCCCCAUCGAAAGUGUCUGCAUCUGUGAAAUGGGCGCGAAAAAGCUUGAUCCUGAUGCGGAUGAGAAUGGGAUGAAUGCUAGGCUGAAGGAGAAGUACGCUGCCGUUGCGGAGCGAAGCCUGACCCCUGGUAGAGGCAAUUGCUAG